AUGGACAAGCCCACACCCAUGAUCAACUCCUCCAUGCUCUCCCAAUACACCGGCCAGACAGUCCGAUUGGUCGGCAGAGUUAAGAAGAUCACUGGCAACACUCUUCUCCUCGAAACUUCCGAUCUUGGCAACGUCGAAGUUGCACUGAACCCAGACAGCGAUAUCAGCGGUAGCACUUUCGUCGAAGUGACAGGCAAAGUCAGCGAAGCUGCAGGUGGUGAGGGAUGGCAAGUGAGAGAGUUUACUACUGUCGACUGUGGUGAUAGCGUUGAUUUGUCGCUUGUCGAGAACGUAGUCCAAAUCUCAGCCGUUUUUCCCGCGCUUUUCACUGACUCCAACUAA